AUGACAUCUACUACCGCUGAAUCACAGCCUACGCUGUCCUUUCCUGAUGCUUGCACUCUUGAUCUCAUAAUCCCAAACUCAUCAGACUUUGAUGUCGAGACCCAUUUGAAGACUGACAAUCAACUUGUUUCUAGAGAUGUCCUGUUCUUUGACUGUUUCGAGCCAACCAUAUCUUCCAUCCUCACGGAUCCACAAGGUGGCACCCCAGGCGGCUCCCACAACCCAAGAGGCUCGUCCGCUAAGGACAUCAUCGAGGCUCUUCAACGUCUCUCCAGCUUUGGCGCUCAAAACGAGAUCAAGGCAGAAGGGAGCAGUCUUACUGUGGAGCCCCUCUCGGCUGAUCUGGCAGCUUUGAACAUACCAACAACCUUACAAACUGGAGAUAAGAGUACUUUCCUUCCUUUACCCCCUGGAGCUUGUCAUAAUGUACAGUUGGAGUUCUUGACGCUCUCGACAGGUCUAGUGGGCCUUGCUGCAGUACACGUUGUAGAUUUGGAUUCGCGCGAGACGACUCAGAUCACGGAAUUGCCCGACGUUCUAGUCACCAAAUAA